AUGUCGAGCCAGCCGAGCGGCAGCCAGGCCACGCCCACCAAGCGCAGCGGCGGCGCGCAGAGCAUCCUGCCCGUGAGCAUCAAGCAGCUGCAGACGCUGGGCGGCGCCUCCGGGGACGACGACGCGCUGCGGCUGGACGGCCAGGAGCUGUCCACCGUGCGGCUCGUGGGGCUGCUGACCAACCUGACGCCGCACUCGACGAGCCUGCGCUUCCAGCUGGACGACGGCUCGGGCGCCUUCGACUGCCAGUACUUCGUCACGGCCGACGACCCGGACGCGAGCGAGAGCGAGAUGAACCGCCUGCGCGACGGCAGCUACGUGCGCGUCGUGGGCAAGCUGCGCUCGUUCCAGGGCAAGGCCAGCCUCUCGUGCUUCAACGUGACGCCCGUGGACGACCUGAACGAGCUCACGCACCACCUGCUCGAGGUCAUCUACGUGCACUGCUACAACACCCGGCCCGUGCACGACGGCAAGGCGGACGUCACCAUGACGUCCUUCAACACGCCCACCAAGGGCGCCAACCAGUGGAACCAGCCCAGCGCCGGCGCGGCCGCGGGCGGCUUCGGCGGCGGCGGCGCCAUGGACUACGGCAUGAUGGACUCCAACUUCUCGCCCGAGCAGAAGGCCAUCCUCGACGUGCUGGGCACGUGCACCAGCGACCGCGGCCUCAAGAUCGACCAGAUCUACGCCGACCUCCGCGGCCAGAUGACCGAGCCGCAGCUGCGCAGCGCGCUCAACUAUCUCACCAGCGAGGGCCACGUCUACUCCACGAUCGACGAGGACCACUUCAAGCGCACGGCCUAG